AUCACGCUGUCGCUUCCCAGCAGCGGAUCGUCGGGAUCUCUCGAGUCGGUGGCGUUUGCAACUAAGUUCAGGGCUACAGUCGUACCAAACCUCCAGUUCCCUUAUCAAUGGUGCAUUGUAUUGCCGGACUGUAGUGACUUGACCGUUUCACAUCAUUAACGGUCAAUCAACAGAAUCGUGCAGGUGAUCUGAAACGGUACGACUAUUAUUAUUCCAUUACUGGAGCUCGUAGAAAUCGGAACCAAGAAAUCUACAUACACGCCACAGCCAACGGGAAAUGUCAAGUGAAUCCCACCGAACCCCGCUCCUUAGCAUACGACUGAACUUCUACUUCGUGUACUCUCCCGUGCCGCAGCAGUAGCAGUAAGGGAGGAUCGUGUGUGCGUUCUUAUCGCCCCGGGGACAGUGAAAGUGGUCCUGCACUGGUGAGCGGCUGCGUGUCAGGAAGCUCUCGAAACGCAACAUCAUGACGGCCGCUGCAGAACCUAAGGCCGCCGCCGGCCUGAAGCGCGAGAUGGGUCUCAUGUCGGCGAUUAACGUGAUCAUCAGCGUGAUGAUCGGGUCCGGCAUCUUCGUGUCGCCAACGGCCGCCCUGCGCUAUUCCGGCAGCGUAGGGUUCUGUCUAGUCGUGUGGACCGUUUGCGGUGGAAUCUCGCUACUGGGAGCGCUCUGUUUCGCCGAACUGGGCACGGUGGUGCCCCGGUCCGGUGCAGAGUACGCUUAUCUUAUCGAGGCGUUUAAGAAAUCGCACUCCUUCUGGGGUCCACUGCCAUCGUUCAUAUGCGCCUGGGUGUAUGUGAUGAUUCUGCGGCCGGCAGAAAUAGCCGUCAUCAUACUGACCUUUGCCGAGUACUCGAUACUGCCGUUCCGCCAUCUGCUCGGGCUGGAACAUAUGCCGGCAGCGGAUCUUCAUCUGCUGAUCAAGCUGAUAGGCAUCUUAGGAUUAGGAAUUAUCACCUACAUCAAUCUCAGCAGCGUGAAGCUGUACGUCACCAUCAACAACGUGUUCGGGUUUUGCAAGGUGUUCGCCUGUCUGGUGGUGAUCUUCGGCGGCAUCUAUCAGUUGGCGAUUGGUAACACGGAGAAUCUAGCUGGUGGCUUUCAGGGGACAAACACCAGCCCGGGACACAUUGCGCUUGCGUUCUACAAUGGACUGUGGGCGUACGAUGGUUGGUCGAGCGUUACGACCAUCACGGAGGAGAUCAAGAAACCGGAGGUAAACAUUCCACGCUCGAUCAUGAUCGCCGUACCGAUCAUUACCGGUCUGUACGUCUUCAUGAACCUGGCCUACAUGACCGUUCUGUCGAUGGGUGAGAUGAUCGCCUCGGAAGCAGUUGGUAUCGAUUUCGGUGAUCGUGCGCUCGGCUCGUUUUCCUUUCUCAUUCCACUUGGAGUCGCACUCGCCACGUUCGGAUGCGCACUCAGCAUUCAGUUUGGCGUAACGCGACUCUGCUACGUUGCCAGCCAGGAAGGUCAAAUGCUGGAACCACUCUCCUACAUUCACGUACGCCGUGCAACCCCUGCACCGGCCGUCGCCAUGCAGGGUAUCCUAGCCCUUGCCUUCAUCCUGGUCGGUAACAUUGAAACGCUGAUCGAGUUUGCAUCAUUCCUGAUCUGGUUCUUCUACGGUGCGGCGGUUGUGGCCCUGCUGGCUCUACGCCGGAGCCAACCGAAUGUGCAUCGGCCGUACAAGGUGCCAUUGAUCGUGCCAUACAUUACGCUGGCCGUGUCCGUCUUCCUCUCGAUCGUGCCCGUUAUAAGCGAUCCUUCGCCGAAAUAUCUGUUCGCCGUAGGGUUCAUCCUGAGCGGUGUGUUGGUGUACACACCGUUCGUGUAUUACAAAGUUCGGCCACGAUGGAUUAAUAAGCUCACCUUUAUGAUUCAAGUGCUCUUCGAAGUUGUUCCAUCGUCCAGUAAAUUAGAUUAGAACCGGGCUGGAAUUGGUUUAUGUUAGAUAAAACAGUUACUAUUUUUUUAACGAAA